AUUGGGUAGCCUUGGAACACGAUGUCGACUAUCACAACGCUUCGGUUACCGGGCAACGUAAUAUCAAUGACAUCGCCUCGUUGGAUGAUAAAGCUAUAAACAAUACUGUUAAGGAAUGUUUAAGUAAAGAUCCACUAGAGAGCUCUUUUCUAAUCGGUGGUUUAACUGGUAAACAAGCUCUCGAAAACACUUACAUUCAAACAGUCGGCUUCGUGUUUGGAGACAAGGCGGUCUAUCCUACAUCCAGUUCUACUAGCAAGUCUACAAUCGAUUGGUUUAGUACGCCCAAGUCUAGAAAUAAAAACCACGUUACAGGUAAUUCUUUUAAUAAUGCUACCGCCUUUAAACCCACCGCCGCCUGAACACGAACGUUAUUUUCGUUAUAACGUCGGCCAACAGCGUUAUUGGUGGCAAGAAUACAAUAAAACUAGACUGAGACGUGGUUUAAAUUUGUUUAUAGAUUCAGUGCCUAUGGACGAUGUUUCAACAUCUACCGGUGCCUCCGCAGCCAAAAGAACCUCCGACGGCGGUGAGGCUAGUGCAGCCAAGAAGAAGAAGCUACCUGGCACGGCUAACGAAGAAGCUAGUGAUCCAGAUACUGGGAAUCCUAAUCUUGAAAACGCUGUUAUACAUCGGGCAAUCCACCAGUCAAGCGGACAACGACUCGUUUUUAGGAAAAAUCAUUCUUUCGUCAGCUACGGUAUUGCGUCAGUUCAGCUCGUACUUGACCCAACUGGUUAUCAACGUGUGGGAACAAAUCUUAUGAGUGUACUAGUAUAA